GUUGAGAGUAAUGGGCUAUUGGUACCACCUCAGACGACUGGCGGCAUAUCGAAGAGUACCUCCAGAGCUAGUGGGAGACCGGAUACUCGGACGAGUGUCGACAAUUCUGUAGCUGGAGAGUCGAUGGUUCCGUCGACAACCCCUUUAGCUCAGCCUCCUACCCCUCACUUGAGUUCUGGGAAUUCGAAGAUCGCUAAGUAUUUGUUACCGUCGGCGUAUCGCGAACACUUGCGCCUUGCGGAUUCACUUCGACUUGUUGUGACGAGGUCUAGUGUGCCAUCCUGCCUUCUGGUCGGCGAGACCAGCCUUGCGUUGUCUACGAAAAAUUCCUGGCUUAAACCUGUACUCUGGAAAGGUGCACUUGACAAGCUAUUUGCGGCCGAACAUAUGGGCAAUUACGUCAUCAUACGGACAACUGGGCAAAAGGUUUUCGAAAUAAUGCCUUUAUAUGCGCGGAUUGGGAUGCACCUGCUCUUCUAUGGUCCAAUUGAGAUACGCUUCGUUCGUUGGAGAGCCAUCCGCAAUCUGCUGAAGACAGAAUCGAUACGUCAGGGUAAAAUCUACGAUUCGACUGACCGAGACGUCGUUCGAGGACAAAUUGCGUCAUUCAUUGAAACAUAUCAUAUCGACCUAUCUGAACUGGCGCAGCCUGACUUGACUACUUACAAGACGUUCAAUGAGUUCUUUAGUCGAAAGCUGCGACCACGAGCACGCUUGCCUGCCUCUCCCAAUGAUUGCUCGGUAAUUGUGUCUCCUUCCGAUUGUCGAUUGACAGUUUGGCCUACGUGGGAAAGCUCGAGGAAAAUUUGGGUAAAAGGAAGACGCUUCACAUUACGAAAUCUUGUCAAAUCUCGUAGUCUCGCUCGGGCACUUGGAGCCCGACCAUCAUUAGCCAUCUGUCGACUUGCGCCGCAGGAUUAUCAUCGUUUCCAUUCGCCAGUCAAGGGUCUGCUGGUAUCCACCACACACAUUCCAGGCGACUACUACACCGUCAACCCACAAGCAGUCAACGAAGACCUAGACGUCUUCACCGCCAACACUCGCUCAAUAGCCGUCCUUCAAGCAUCAAUCCCUCUAAAGAGUAGCUUAUCGGAGUUGAGGGUCGUCCCGAUUGUCGUAGUUGCUGUUGGAGCGUUACUUGUUGGGAGUAUUGGAUGGGAUAAGAAGCAGGGUGAGAUGGUUGAGAAGGGUGAUGGAUUGGGGUAUUUUAAGUAUGGUGGGUCGACUGUGAUUUGUAUUUUCCCUGAAGGGGUUAUUUGGGAUGGGGAUUUGGUACAGCAUUCGGAGGAGGGGAUUGAGGUUCUUGUUAGGGCUGGAGAGAAGAUUGGAACGUUCCCGUGA